GCUAAGAAAGGGAUUGAAGUUGAUUUACGUUAGCGCAAUGGCUACCGUCAGUCAGAUUUGGCCAUUUGAGAGAAGACGCUGCCUAAAAGCCCAUGGAAUCAUAACACUGUUAUUUUUGGAUCUAUGUUUGCGAUGUGUGAAUGGGUACCUGAGCUCCCCACACGUGGGCCAGGAGCCCCCUUACAGCCGAGAUGCUCAGCCAGUCAUCACCAGCCCAGUGGUUCCUUCUCCAUCAUCUGCAUCUCCAACUAAUUCAGAUGGCUAUGCUGCCAAAUGCCCCAGUGGGGGUCAAUGCAACAGACUGCCUGCUGACUGCUUCAACUGCAGCUAUCAUCACAACUGUAGCUAUGGUAAACCAGCGUCUUUCUCUUGCAAGGCCAAGAGAGGAGUCCACUGCACAGUGGAGUCYGGGAAGCAGCAGACAAACUUCUCCCUGUCUAUCACGUGCCAGUUCUGCUGGCAGCUGGACCUGUCUCAGUACAGGUGCUCCAACUCAACCAGCUGUAUGACCGUUGCCUGCCCUCGCAAACGCUACAACGCCACCUGCCAAGUACUGGACCACGUACACUGCUUAGGUAAAAGAGUAUUUCAUAAACGUUUGUACUGCAACUGGACAGGAGGGUACAAGUGGUCUACAGCACUGGCACUCAGCAUUACACUAGGUGGAUUUGGGGCUGACCGGUUCUAUCUAGGCCAGUGGAGAGAGGGUCUGGGCAAGCUGUUCAGCUUCGGUGGCCUGGGCAUCUGGACCCUGAUUGAUGUGCUGCUGAUUGGGGCGGGUUAUGUGGGGCCAGCCGAUGGCUCCCUCUACAUCUGAGACCUGUGAUUGAUGCCCACUCCACAGGCAUGAUGGUUGUAGGGUUGAUACCCUCUCCAUUUCAGUUCAGACUGCCUGACUGUGAAGAUCCACUCCAUGGAGAUGCCAUCCCAUUAUCACACCAUCUGCUUGCCCAAACUCCCACUGUCUGCAAAGACUGACUUCUUGUCCCAUCUGCCAGCUUCACGGUCAGCCUCUAGAUCAUCAAGCCCAAGCAUCCUUCACUGAUAUACUGUAAUACAAGCUGCACUGAGCAUCGUUUUGGAGUUGUUUGGUUAAUGGUGAUUAGAGUUGGUCAGGCUGAUAUGGACUGACUGGAGAAUGGGAGGUAGGCACAGUUAAGCGGUGCUUGGAAUGAUAUUGUAACAAUGGCCACCUAUGGUGCUCCUUACUCACUGCAUGGUCAUGCAUAGGAGACCAGUAACCAUGGCUACGGAACACAAAAUGGACUUAUCAUAAUACCGA